UUUUUCUGCGGGUUUAAAGACGAUCUUUAUAUAAGCUCGUCGAGCGAUCGUGUCUUCGUGAUCCUGACAGGAUUACGAAACGAAUGUCUCAAGAUAGGUUAGACGGUUGACUCGAGAAAUUCUUACACGAGAAACGUAGCGAUCUAUAAAUUUGGUUGUCAGAGAGGGUGAGAGUAAAGUGGGCAAUAAGUAGAAUUUAUAAUAGAAAGGCGAAAAUUGGGAAGAAUAAAGCACAAGGAUACACGCGAGGGUAAAUAAAUAAAUAGAUAUCCCACGUCUCGAUAAAAGUCAGCCGUUAAUUUUCCCGAAGGCGGCCGUUGUACCGUGAUAAUUACAAAAAUAUAAAAUCUGGAACUCGUCAUUCUGACAGUUUUAGUAGAUCUAGCGUUAAGAACAACGACGUUGUAGGGAUUGUUUGCCUUGGCGUGAGGCUACUUGUUCAGCUUUGACAAAUUUUAGUGGCACGCCAGCCUUAUUCAACCUUAGACACAACCCAGACCUACUUAUCGAUUACAAUGUUCGUUUGUAUCCUAUCUUAGUCCCGUUCGACUCAUCGGCCUUCCAACAAGACGCCGCCAACUUUUCCAAUCUUCCAUCGCACAAUCCUCUUCACGCCUCUUCAUCUUUAUGACAUCUAACUCCUUUAUACGGUACUCCUUUUAUAUCUCGUUCGUAACGAAUUGUUGAUGGACCAUUGCUGACAGAACCUUAGAAGGGGUCAUCAUGCGUCGCAAUUUCAUUUCCGCUCCUCUUUCUUCGAGAAGAACGAAGGAGGAACGCCUCCUUGUUGCGUUGUUGUAAAUGAAACGGGCAUUCCAGUGGCAAACGAUGACAUCGAAUUUUCGUAGAAAAUGUUUCGAGAAAACAUUACUCGCGCGAGUUACAAGGAAGUAAUGAAUCAACAAUUACGCGUUGGCCUCUGAUCUAAAUUCCAUUGGUAGAAAAUUCGCGAUGAAUCAAGUGGCCAAUUCUGACAAGUCUACUCAACAUCUGCAUUGUGGAAUCAUUUGCGUCAUAUAAAAUGACCGUAACAAAUUAUAUAUAUAAAUUAUGCAGUUCCGUGAUAUUCUUGAGCCCUCACUUCCGCUUUUGCAUACCGUCACUGUUCUUAUCCGUCGCGAUAAAAGUACCCUCUUAAUUCUACCUAAUUCAAAAUUACAUUGGAGGUGGUGAUAAACAAUCUCGAAUUAAAAACACAUACACGCACAAAAGGAUAGCAGAAUUACAGAGGACUAAUAUUAAUUUAUCCUUCUCGAUUCUAUCUUAACUAACUUUCUCGAUUCUUCCAUUGUAUAAACAUCUUUCCGAUCCCCAAAAUGUUGGUCCAAAAUUUCUCCAUCUCCGCUCCCCUCUAUUUCCAUAGCUGUCCAAACACGGGCGACCGUAAUACCAUUACACAUGGGCGAAUCGCGUCGAUGGGUAUCGCUCAAAGGCCACCCGGUUGAUUCACAUACCGCGGUCUCGCUAGGAAUCGCGUACAGGCCGGCUGGUAUUCCUCUCCCCCUUGUGUUCCUCGGUUGAACGAGGAAAAUUACGACGGUUCGAGCACUCUCCGGCUGGCUGGCAGAGUUUUCGGUGUGGCGGCCACCGUUUUAUUUAUAGCGGAGGAGGUCGUGAUGCGUUCCAAAAGCUACUCGUCGCACCAGUAGCACACGCUCGAGCGAACCGGCCUCGUCUCGUACCCAGUUUCCAUCGAUCAGCGUCCAUUCGUCGCUGUUGAUCGACGACAUCGAGAUGAAAACAGAAUCGUCAACGAGAAUUUCCAACGCGCUCGCGAACCGAUCAACGUGAAUUCGAAAAGAAGAAGAAGAGGAGGAGGAGAGAAGAGAAAAGAGAAGAAAAAGGAAAAGAAAUCACGUUUCUGUUCGCCUGUUCCUUCGCGUUUUUUCUUCAUCUCCGGUGCAAACACGUGACUACGUGGCUACUUCUUCGUGAACGGGACGCAGUGUCGUUAAAGUGACGGGGGGGAGUCGAUUCUCUACGUGCGAAGAUUCGAUGGCUCGGUCGGGAAAGUAGUCUAGAGUAGAUAGAAACGGAUGAAUGAGCGUGGGAUGCAUUGAGCUCGUAGUGGUAGGUCCUCUUCCGUUUGUUUGGAUCGUAGCGAGUGGACGCAUAAUAUAUUGCACGCGAUUCGAGAAUAGCUUAUGUGUCAAUCGUGUAUGACAAUUCUAUCGCGUCGAUUAACGAGACAAGGAGGUUAAUUAAGGAGCUCAAGUAAUUGUAUAGACCUUUGUCUAAUUUCAAUAAGCUCGAUACAUAUUUAUAUGUAUAUAUAUAUAUAUAUAUACAAUUCUAUCCCGUCUAAUAAUAAGAGGAUAAUUACCACCAAAGGUAAAAUCUGUCGUAACAAAGAUCGAACAUCUUCUUCUAUCUUCCUUGUCCAAAUUCUUCUUCUUUCUUUCGAAUGUAAAAAUCUAUCGGGUUGAAAAGUCAAGGUUAAGGCCAAAGAUUUAUGCGUUCGAUAUACCCGAAACACGUCACGAGCAAUCGCGUUCACCUUUCGGCAUGAGUCCAAAGAUCGGACGUUCCGCGAGCAAGCCUGUUAAUCGUUCCACCUUCUAUCGCUACAAUUAUUUCUCGUUUCCGUACAGUUGACUACUUAAAAGAAAAAGAAAAAAAAAAAAAAAGAAAAGAAAAAAGGAGAAAAGAAAAAAGAAAAAUCGGCGAGGUCUCGCGAGAACGAUCCUCGAUGCAUCCUCCGCGAUCAAAGCCAAAAACGGAGUCGUGAUCCCGUGUGACGGACAGAGUGUGCGAAGUGAAUAAAGGAACUGACAGUUGGCCAGUGAUAAAUGCGGUUUAGAACCAGGACCAGACGCGCCUCGUGCCGGAAGUCGAUGGACUCGCGAAGCUGACGAAAACUGAUCCACGUAGGCGAUCGUGUAAACGGUUCACCCGAUUGUUCACCCUUCUCUGUUUAUCCGAACGAAGUGCAAGGUACACGCGAGUUCUCCGCUCUUUCACGGGGCUUGCCGCGAUACACGGGGCAAGAAAAUGGCGCAUUUUCGACGACCAGCCAGGCGGGAGCACUACAAACCCUUUGGAAGAAGGAAGGGCUCGGCAGACUCGAACUACUCACAGCCGAGCUCGGAUCUCUCGCUGGACGAGGAGAAAGAGAGCUUGCGUCGUGAGAAGGAGAGGCAGGCCCUCAAUCAACUUGAAAAAGCCAGGACGAAACCGGUAGCGUUUGCAGUGCGGACCAAUGUGAGCUAUGACGGAUCCGUCGACGAUGAUUCGCCGGUCCAUGGCUCGGCUGUCAGCUUCGAGGUUCGCGACUUCCUGCACAUCAAGGAGAAGUACGACAACAACUGGUGGAUAGGUAGGCUGGUGAAAGAGAACUCGGACGUCGGUUUCAUCCCAUCCCCGGUGAAGUUGGAGGCCCUGAGGCAGCAGGCGAGCGCUGCACGUGGUACAAAGGGUCUCUAUUCGGCGCGUGGAGGGUCUUCAGGGAACCUUGGCGAGAGUGGUAUGCCCUCACGUGGUUCCACACCACCUACACCAGGUGACGACAGCGACAGCGUGCGGGGCGGUAAGGCAACGUUGACCACACCACCGGCCAAGGAGAAAAGGAAGAACUUCUUCAAGAAGCCGGAAACGACCACACCUUACGACGUUGUACCAUCCAUGAGACCCGUCGUGUUGGUCGGUCCAUCGUUGAAGGGUUAUCAGGUCACGGACAUGAUGCAGAAAGCGUUGUUCGAUUACUUGAAGCAUAGGUUCCGAGGCAGAAUAAUUAUCACUAGGGUAAUGGCGGACAUUUCAUUGGCAAAGAGAUCGUUACUCAACAAUCCAACGAAACGAGCGAUCAUGGAACGAUCCACCAGCAGGAGCAGCUGUUUGGCUGAGGUUCAAGCCGAGAUCGAGAGGAUUUUCGAGCUCGCCAGAACCCUUCAGUUGGUAGUGUUGGACUGCGACACGAUCAAUCACCCGUCUCAAUUGGCGAAGACCAGUCUGGCGCCGACGAUCGUCUACCUGAAGAUCUCCUCGCCCAAAGUGCUCCAGAGGUUGAUCAAGUCGCGGGGGAAGUCGCAGAUCAGACACCUGAACGUGCAAAUGGUGGCCGCCGAGAAGCUGGCCCAAUGCCCACCCGAGAUGUUCGACGUGAUCCUGGACGAGAAUCAGCUGGAGGAGGCUUGCGAGCACGUGGCAGAGUACCUGGAAGCAUAUUGGAGAGCCACGCAUCCCCAAGUGAUCCCGGCCGUGCCACGUCCCAUUCCUGCGCCGGAUGCGCCGGUCGACGUGCUCACACCCCGCGUCACAUCAGCCGUGGAGGCGGUGGCUGCCACGGGAGUCAUCCGAAAACAGGGCCAGUUGUCCUACGGUGAUGAGAACAGGCCCAAAGAGUCGAGCUAAAAGAACGCUCGCACCCACGACGACGGUCGGGCCUAGAACGACCGACGCUCUUCCACACUUCCUCCUCAUCAAGGAUGAGAUUUUACGGCGAUUGAUCGGCCGACCAAUUGUACAGUCUGUCGUCCAUCCCCCCUCCCCCCGAUUCUCGAUAGAAAGGGGAUUAGGAUGACGUUUGAGAGAAUUAGAGACUGUGUUUAUAGGGAAACCUCCUUAAAUGAGGCCGCGUAGUAAGUACAGGCAGGGUUUGAGACCGGGUUUGAUACCCGGAUCCCACACCCUGUCUCUCUUGUCCAAAGAGAAGGAUUUGAUUUUCGAUUAAUCCAUUGGUUACAUUUCGUUACAUUUCAUUCUCACCUCGAAUGUUCCUCACUUUUUCAUAUAUAUAUAUUUUUAUUUUAUUUUAUUUUAUUUUAUUUUUAUUUUAUUUUUCUCGUAUUUCGACACCAUUCUCUCUGUUGAGAUCAAGUUCUUGUUGUUUGAAUUGAUGAUUCCUUACGUUGUCGUUGCAAAUUCUAAUUUUAACUAGAGACUUUCUCUCUUUUUUUUCUUUUUUUUUUCUCCCCCCCUUUCAGUUCUGUUGUUUGUUCGUUUUUAUUUUCCACCCUUUUGUUUUUGGUUGUCUCGCAAAAAAAUCCCCUUCACCAACCCCUCUCACAUAGAAUAGGGUUGACACAUAGAAUAGUCUAACGAGAAGCAUUAACGAGACUUAUGGGAACCGAGAGGAUUAUAUACAGAGGAUUUUUGGAUAGAAUUACACACGUGAUUACUUCGAAGAGGAAUUUCUGAACGAAUCAUGGAUGGAUCUUCUUUUUUGGUCAUUGACUUGUUUUUAUGCUCUCUCUUCUACUGUUCUAUUCUUUUUUUUUUUUUUUCAUUUUUUUUGUCUCUCUCUUAACUUAAUGCAUUGAAAUUUUAUCUUAAAAGAGCACUUUUUUUUUCAGUCGAAGCAAGUCUGUGAAGGAGAACUUGCAAAUCGAGGUUUUAACUCGUCCACAUUGUCGAUGCUCGCGCUCCAGCGCAAUGAUAAUCCGUUUGAACGUCGGAGUCUUUGCAAACCGUGUCUUUUUUGCCCCUCUCGUUUUUCUUUUUUUUAUCCUAUUUAUCCCUCUUUUUGCAUAGCUAGCUUGCAUGUAUUGUGUGAGUGAUAUGUCGUUACGGUGUAUCUAAAUAUGACGCAUAGAUGGAUUAACUCGUACUUCUACAAAAUACUGUGACAAUUAGCUUAAUUUUAAAAUAACACUGGUUUUUUUUUGCGUGUGUAAUCUAGCCUUUGAGUGACAUUGAUCGAUAUCGAACUCGACACCCGUGUUGCUUUAUUUUUUCCGUCGAGUUUGAUUUCGAAAAUUCGAAAGGAGUGCUGUUCCAUAUUCAUAGCAUCUUGUGAAAAUUCAAUAUUCCGAAGCGAAAGAAAAAUUUAUUUUCUCUCUAUCCUUUCGAAUUUUACCCACUCAAUUAAACCCUACGUGUCAAUACUUGAAAAAUUCAUUAAAAAUUGCAAUUCAAUUUUUACAAUUCGAUAACAAAAUUCAAAAGACAUUCCAAGUGAAAAAUGGUAUUGACAACAAGGGUUGUAAUCAGCUUAAUUUCUGUAACUCUACGAGUAAAUCCCUCCCUAAUGUGGAUUUGAGAAAAAUUCGGAUUAAGAGGGAUCGUUAAAGGUUACAAAAAUUCAAGCUCCACGGACAGCUCGUGUGAACAAUCUCCAAACGAGAAUGUUCCAAAAUUGAUUGACGAUGAAAUAACGAAAUAAUAUGCAGGACACAGCGGUGGACACGUGAGCGAGGGGAGCCGGAAGUCGAGGCUGGAGAGGAUGGAUCGUGAUCGGGGCGAUCGUGGUGAACACGACUACGGCAACGAGGAGGAAUCGUACGUCAGUGGCGUCGAUUACGGGAGCGCAUCUAGGCGUCGCCAGCAGCAAGAUCCGCGCGCAUUGAACGCCAUUUAGGAGCUGGGGCCCCGGGGCCUGUCGCUACAGCGCUGUCCCCACCUGCGCACCACUGCUCUUUAGUGGGGUCGCCACCUGGUACGCUACUGAACGUACGAAAAACGUGCUUUUUACGCUACCGUAGCGAAGAAAACAAGCAAAAAAAAGAAAAAAAAAAGAAAAAUAAUAACGAUAAUAAUAAUAUUUGCCGCUCUGGUCUGUUAGUGGGGUUUCUUUCCUGUCGCUACCCGUUCAGAUGGUUCAUUUUGUUCGAAUCGCUAUUUACAAUAAUGAUAGUUAGAAACUUCCCUUCCUUGUUGUUCGUAAUUUAAAUCCCACGAUUUAUAAUAGAUAUUAUCGCCCUUUCGUUCACGAUUUGUAUUCAGCGUGCGUUUGUUGCACGUAUGUACUUUGUCACGCAGAAUAUUUCUUCUUUAUAAUCAAUUUUGUUAUUUCGUUCUUUACGUUUCUCUCGAUAAUAUCUCUCGAGAGUAGUUCUUGUUAUUAUGUACGUACAAUAGAUAGAUACACAGCAUCGUUGAACGCCAUUCGUUAACCGAGAUUAAGCGUGUACGCUACCGUAGAGAUACCGUAUCUUAUUUUUACUUUGUUUACCGUAUCGUAGUGGAGAAAGUUGAGAAGUAGAAGAAGUUUCCUUCAAGUUUCGAUUGUUCUUGCUUUCGUCCUAUUUUGUUGGAUUGUUGAGACAAUUAGCGAUACGCGUGCACGCUUGCCCCACUUGUUUUCCACCAGAUCUAUCUUUCUUUCCGCUGUUGCGAUUUAUCGAUUUAUAUACGGAGCUUUCUCUGAAAUCAAUAAUUAACGAAUUAGCGUGAUUUCCUUUUUUUUUUUUUUUUUAGUUCCAGCGAUAUGCAAGAUACAUGGCGUAAUAAUCGUAACAAAGUAAAGUGUCUAUAGUGGCAGACACACAUACAUACACACACAUAUAUAUAUAUACACACAUGUAGAUUCUAUUUUCUUAAUGGUAUCUCGAUUAAAAAGAAAGAAGCCUUGAUUGAUUUCGUAAUUAUAUCGUUUCUAUAUUGUAUUAUAUACUCGUAGACACACCGUAGACACAUCCUGUUCUAGAAAGAGAUCAUUGUCGAGUAAAAUGGCUUUAUUCCGUUCCCCCUCGUUUUACAGAAUUUUCUUUAGAUCAGUUUAUGCAAAGUUGUGAGUUGAAUUGUUGCGUGAAAGAAAGAGAGAGAGAGAGAGAGAGAGAGAGAGAGAGAGAGAGAGAGAGAGAGAAUGAUGAUGGUGGAUGACGCCAACGAAAACUUUCACGAGAAAAUUUUUUCCAACAGGAAUUCCGUAAAACGAUGGGCGGGUUGAUAAUCGAAUGUCCUUGUCGAUGAAGGUACGCACAGGAUAAAUCCCCCAUUCGCGGAGCCAGCUCAACGAGAUGAGUAUGUACACGAGAACAAACCAAAGAAAAUUAUAUACAGAAUCAGAGAGUGAUAAGAGAGGUAUUAAGAUUAUAUUACAUGCGAGUGUGAGGGAAAAAAAAAAAAAGAAUGAGAGGAAAAAAGAGCCCUGGGGCCUUAAUUUUUUGCGCUGACUCCUCCUGGGCCCCUAUACCCACCCCCACGAGAAUCAUAAGAUUUUUUAAGAUCGAUGAUUUAUAGGAGAAAUGCUCGUGAAUCGGCAUCGGGUCUUUGUUAAGAAAAAAAAGAAAAACGCCACGAGAUCUUCGCUCGAAAUUAGAUAAAUAGACGAUCGUUCGGACGGUUGACGAGAUCGGAAAAGAGAAAAAAAGAAAGAGGGAAGAAAAUCGAAAAGAGAAACAAGAAAUUUUUCGCGUAGAAUUAUUUCGAUUCGGCCGACGGAACAAAGCGAUAGUUGCUUCGAUUUAGGGAGUAAUGGUGAGAGAGGAUAAAAGAAAAUAUAAAGAUCGAGAAUCACUCUAGCCGAUUACAUUAGGAUCGAUCGCAUGAUUAAAUUCUUAUUAUUAUAUAUAUAUAUAGAGAUUUAUUAUAUAGAAAUUUCGUGGCGCGUUUGUCGCGAGAUUCGAAAAAAAUUUCACGAUUUCACGUGAUGAGAGAAAGAGAAAAAAAAAAAAAAAAGAAAAAGAAAAUAAAAUAGAAACGAAUCGAAUAAAGAUGCGUGGCGAUGGGUUGGGAAUCAGAUAAUCAAUUAUCGUACACAUGAUUGAAAGUUUUCGAUUUUCGAUGGCGCGUUGAUGAUCGCCGCGCUAGGUUGACGUGUUUAUACGUUUUAUUAGAGUCUAUUUGGUGAAAUGAAUACAGGUAUACACAUGUUACACAUACAGACGUACACAUACAUAUAGAACAUACACGGAGAAACACAUUUUGUGUAUAUAGUAUACAUAUAUAAAAAUAAUGAUAUAUAUAUAAAAAAAAAUUAUAUAUAUAUAUAUAUUGUAUACGUAUGUACACAGUAUGAACACUUCCACAUUUGUCGUUCGACAAAAAAAUUCCGAUCGAGAUUAACGAGUGAAAGAAUGAAAAAAAGAACGAGUGAAAGAGAAAAUGAAAGAAAUUAGAAUGAAAGAGAUGAAAAAGUGAAGCGAGAAAAAUGAUACUAUAUUACCAUAGAAUCAAUAGAUAUCGUGUAAAUAUUGUAAGAAGCCUUUAAAAAGAUGAGUCCUUUCCGUUUCCGAUCUUUUCGUGAAUGUGACAGUGUCGUCAACUGAUGGUUGAAAAAUAUUUGUCGGAUUUCGUCAUUGUUUUUACGGAUCUAAGAUUCACUUCCGCUCCUCGUGAUCAAGCGUGGACACUUUUGACUACGCACUACGAACUUGCUGCAACUAAAAAUACGAAAAAUAUUUAUGAUAUAAUUGAUUCGAUACAUACAUACAUAUAUACACACAUGCAUAUAUAUAUAUGUAUACAUACAUACAUAUAUACACACACACAUACUUCAUACACAUACUCACUCAUACACGCGUGUACACAUAGAAACACAAUCAAAUUGCACUAGCGCCCUCGUGCAGGAUAAUAUUAGUGAACUGACAAGUUACGAGUUAUAGGUUGAGAUAUUUUUAAAAAUUUUAUAAUUUUACGUCGAUGUUGAAUGACUUGAAAUUUAUAAAAUUUUCCCGUUGAAAUUUCCUCCUAUUCAAUUAGAGCUCGAUUAAUUUCGACAACUCUGAUCAAUUUGUAAAUUUCUCACCGAUAAAUAUUAUUAUUUAAUCGCGCAAGAAGGCCCGAUUUUCACUCGAGUGCAAUCGUGACAACCGAUAACACAGAUCGUGUUCCGAUCGUUCGUGUAUAUUGAAUUUUUUUUAGAGGCACGCAUCAACGUUGUUUCUUAAGUAGAACGAACGAGUUCUCGAGCACGCCGCUCUCUUUGCAAAAAUAACCUUGCGCACGGCCAAUAUAAUUAAAGACAAAAAAGACAAAAAAAAUAAAAAUAAAAAUUAAAAAAAAAAUAAAUAAAACACGAAACGUAACGUAAUGAAUUUUUCUAAAAAAAUAAUUUAGGAAAUUUUAGCUACAAACUUAUAUAUUAUUAUAGAACUAGCGAAUACGAAGCGUUUCUUUCCUAGGAACGAUUACGUUCGAAUACUUUCAAGACACGAAAUGUGACCAUUGCUGUGUGAAAUUUUAGCCAAAUUUAAUCACAACGAUCGUUUCCGCACUCGUAUCUCGACCGAUCGCUGAUACGUUUUUUAUUUUCUUUGAGAAGAAAAUCAGAAGAGGGAAGAAAACGAUCGGUAACGAAAUUUUCGAAUUACAUGUUCGUUAAGCGAAAGAUUCCCUCGAAACUCGAGCGUGGAUCGCGAUUCCAUUACAUCUUCCGCUUCCUUUCAUUCAUCCGUUAGCGUCGUUUCAUCGAAAAGUAAAUUCGAAUUCUUGUCAAACAUAUCCUUCGUUCGUCGCUGAACGAUCGUAUCGAUAGUUGAAGAUCACGGAGAUAUCUUGGCGAUAUUGUUCAUUAAAUUUGAACGGCAUCAUCAAAUGAGAUCAAACUAACAUUUCACGCGAAUGUGUUUAACUUUAAGAAUGCGUUCUUGCUUCGAUUUCUUAUUCUUUGCUCGAUAACGUUGUUGAAAUUGAAAUUUAUCUUAUUGGCUGAGAUAAUUGGUGUUCUUGGUCUAAUUUUGCUUGUCGAAGAUGCUUUAUAAAGCGAGAAGAGAAGCCGAAGAAUCGAUAUCGAAUAAUGGAACGAUCCGAUUUUCGAGUUUCGCGAGGAACUCGAUUUUAUUCGAGUAUUAUUGGUUACUCGAAUUUAUUAAUCGCUGACUAGUAAAAUGUUUUUUGUAGCCAGCGUUUGUAAAUACUAGAUGAAAUAUAUAUAUAUAUUUGCAAACCACUGGUGAUGUCUAUUUUCGAGGAUACUCGUGCUUCUACUUCGGCAUAAAAGAGUCUAUAUUCGAAGUACAAAACGAGCGCGUGCAUUUUCGUUUACUCGAGACUGUGUUCGAAAGUGAUUUGCGAACGAAUGCCGGUUAGUAGCUGGAGUUUCUUUCGAACUAUGUUUCCUCGUGUCGAACCGAUGCUGUUCGUAUCAAAAACAUGUUAUUAACGCGCGUCUGCUCGAUUAUUUUAACAAAAUUAUCUGUUCCUGCGAUUAUAAAUACUAAUAGCGUUGCGACGCUUAGGCCAACCGAUUUUUAAAUCAUAGCUAUUGUAUACUGUACUUUUUCUAGACGUCAUCCGACGUAAAUUAAAGCGAUCGAUAGAGGAUGUGUAACGGUGUCCAGUUGACGCCAGUUGAUAGCGAAAUGGAAAUUUUUUAUAAUAUUUUCUAAGAGUCUCGAUAAGCAAACGGAUUAUUAAAAACCCACGUCACGCAGAUCUGAAAAUACGACGUCUUACACGAGUCAUAUAUAUAUAUAUACACAUAAACAAUCCACAUCCACAAAAUCAUACGAUUAUCGAGAUACCCUUGAUAUUUCUUCGACGAAACGAUCCCCUAUAUAAUAGUUACUGACGCGAGUAUCCGUCGGUUCGUAAUGAUUUUUUUUGGUUUAAUUAGGAAUAUUAGCGGCUUCCAGUCCGAUCUUUCUUUUCGAUAAUAUCGUUGGAAUACUAGCGUAUCUGCAACACGUCCAUUAGCGCGUUAAAUUAAGAGGCAAAACGAGAGAGAGCAAAAAAGAAAUUAAAUAAAUAAAUUAUAAUAUGAAUCGUAACUUUAUAGCUUUCGAUCAGACAGCAAUUCGGAUUUACGUAAAAUGAAAAAAAAAAGUCUCUGUAGUGUUUCUCCGAUUUAGGAUUAAAAAAGAAAGAAAGAAAGAAAGAAAGAAAAACCUCGCACGCGAGAAACUCGUUCGAUACGAUAUAAAAUCGACACUACUUCUGUUCUAGCAAGGAGAUGAAGAGAAAAAAAGGAAAAAAAAAUAUAUCUUCCCUUAAAAGAAAACUUAAAAGAAAAAGUAUUAAAAAAAAAAAAAAAAAGAAAAAAAAUAGACGAGAAAAAGAAAAAUUCGUAAAGCAAAGAAGAAAAAACAAAAAAAAGGAAAUUCACUGGAGAAUAAUACGCGAUGACACGCAGGAACGUUGAAAGUCCAAUCGGGAACACAAUCGAAUUAUAUCUCUUGAAAAACUCAACGAGAACAUUAUUACGAGUGUUUAAUUAUCGAUGUUUAAGCUGUCUAACGAAGAAACGGAAAGACGAGAAAGGGAAGACUGGAAGCGAGGGCGAGCCUUUCUUCAAGGGUAGUGAGGGUCGAAAGGGCGCAAGUACAAUUCGUUCGAUGUAUAAAGAGAAAAAAAAAAAAAAAAUAGGGCGCGAAUUGAUCUUUAAAAAUUAAUUAGAAGUGUGUUGUUGCGUUGGCUUGCACCGUGUGCACGUGAACGUGUUGUUGAAAAAAAAAAAUAAAAAAAAUAAAAAAAAUAAAAAAUUCAGGCUGCUUUUUGCCGGCGUCGCGGCGAACGAUUUUCGUGCGAUCGAUCGACGCCUUCCUCGAAGAAUGCAACCCCCAAUUGCGAAUGGUUGGAAGGUCCAAGAAGAAGACGAAGAAGAAGAAGAAGAAGAAAUAAUAGAAGAAUAAAAAACCGCGAGAACCGCGAAGCAUUAACGAAGAAGGAUCUAUACUUUCCUCUUAAAAUUUAUUCUUUUUUUUUAAAAAGAUUUUUUUUAAAUAAAAGAUCCUCCUUUUCGUGAAUGCGGACCGUGCCUCGAUGUGCUUUUAGAGAUAUCGCGAAACGCCUGUCCUUGUAAACGAGCCUUAAGGCUUUCGCAAUGAAAUAUUGUUGGUUGCGUGAUUUCGAAAGUAUAUAUCUCGUGUGUACAGUGAGAAAAUACGAGAAGGGAGUAAGAGAGAAGAAGUUAAGGAUGUUAAGGAUCGCGAUGGACGCCAUUGUCGGUUCGACUCGAUAAUCGUGAUUUUCGUCUCCGAUUAUGCAUAUAAUCUGAUAAACGCGUAAAUACGUUUCCGCGCGAAGAGAAUGCAAAAAAUCGACGCGAGUUAUCGGCUUCUUCUGCUGCUGUUGCUACUGCUACUGCUACUGCUUUCCGUAUUUGAUUUAUUCGAGUAGACAUAACCUAGAAAAAAAAAAACAAAAAACAUGGUUAGUAAAAAAAGAAAAGAAACGUAAAAGAUUUGAUGAUUUACCGUCGAUCACACAUUUUAGAACGUUCUAGAAUUAGCUGAUGACUUGUUAUAGAGAUUGAAAUAGAAAUUGCAUAAAACAUUGUUAAAAAGAAGAAAAAGAAAAAAAAAAAGAAACGCAGCUAAAUAUUUUUAUAAUUUUUUUUUUUUACAAUUAAUACUCGAUGAAUAAAAAUGAAGAAAUGACGUCGAUAUGAUCAACUUGAAGAGCUACUUUUUCUCAUGCUGUCUCGUAUACGCAAUGCGAUCGUCGAUUCGAAUCAACCGGCGUCACAUCGAGGACGACGAUUGUCCUGCAAGUACAUCAAUUCUAACGUGUUCAAUUUCGACGCUUUCACGCGUGUCUAUCCCACGUGGCGUGUACACGUAUCCCCAAAAAGGAAAAAGAAAAAAUGGGAAACGUAACACACCCACGCCCUCAGUCACUUUAUUUUCUUUUGCGGCUGGUUCGUUGGAUCAAAGGUUUUUCCCUGUGUAUAUUGUCUAUUAUUCCCUGGCGCGAUUGAUUUCGAUUGUGGACAAGCGAACGAAGGAAGAGAUGUAAGAAAAUCGAGAGAGAGAGAGAGAGAGAGAGAGAGAUGAGAGGGGAAUUUUAUUUCAUUGUUCUCGCGGAGGAAUCAGCGUGCGAGUAAAGUGAAUAAAGGGAGUAUUAUUAUUCAGAAGGAUAAAUUGAUUUUGCUUCGCUAUUUACAAACGAGUCGAACGAUUCGUCUAAUCGUAUCGUAAGUGUGACGAAUGAGAUGAGAGAGUGGAGAAAGAGUGUGUAUAUGCUUGUAUGCGUUUGCGUGAACGAAAUUUUUGAGAGAAAGAAAAAAGACGGAUGAUGUAAAGAUGCGAAGAAAAGAGGAGAUCACGGUUCACCGUGCGCGAGAAUGCGAGAUUGUUCGGAGAUGGAAUUGAGGCGAUUAAUUAUCGAGAUGUUGUAAAUUGUUCUAUAGCAAAAAAUGAAAAAGUGCUACGGCCCUGGCAGCGCGCCCUUCGAGAAUUCUUCGACGAUUCAAAUUCUCCGUCCAUUUUGACCGGGACGCGAGGGAGCUUCGAAAUUAUUUUGGGAACAGCGAAUCGAUUCGAUCGAUGGAUCGGAUUAAUUUCAUCUUCGACGAAAUCUCGAAGCGGCGCGAUGCUUUGAUCGUUUCGAUGUUAAUAUGUCAAUGCUGUGAUGUUAUCCUUUGAAACUUCAAACGAAAAAAAAAAAAAAAGUAUAUUCCCCAUUCCCUAUUUGUCCCUACACUCCUCAAAUUCCUUUCGACACGGCCCCCUUGUCCAAAUUUUUUCCAGAAAGUAUCGCGCAAGAAGAAUCCUUUCUCCUUGGAAAAUGAAUAUUUCUAUUAUUGUAACACUCCGCAUAGUCCUGAAAAGAAAAAAAGAAAAAAAAAUAGCUAGAUUCUAAUCGUAUUUAAUGUAAAGUUUAUUAUUGUUACAUCUCAGUGAUUCUCUCCUCUAUCAGUGAUCUCACGGAGAGAACGAGACACGGGAGAAGAGAAUGCGUGUUCAAGAUUAUUAAGGAAGAAAUUGAGAUUUCACAAAGGAGUUAUUGUUAAGAAUUAUCCUGAAAAUAUAUAGCGAUCGAUAAUCGACCAACCCGUUACACGUUCGUUUCUCUCCGAUACGUCACUGGUAACUAAAAUUCCUACAUUUGUCGCAUUUGUAAAUAAAAUUUUUAUCAUCACACGAA